CUUCCCUCCAACGCACCCUCACAGACUCAGGUAGCAGUUAUGUAGAUACGUAGGUCUACUUUCUCUCAUUCAGACCAGCAACCAUUCAUGUUGUUGGACUACUGCUGUCGCUGCUGUGGAUUCACMCUCAUAAAACGCCAUGGACCACUCUCCCUCAAGACCACUCCCAGUGACACCUGGGUUGUUCUGCAGAACCUGCUGAUGUGCAUGGUGUGCUUCUACUCUCUCUACUACAUCGUGGUCAGUCUUUGCAUCGGUCUGUUCAGAGUUCAUGAGAUCAACAGCUUGUUGGCCCCGUUCGACUACACAACACAACCGUCAUGGCAGAACCCCAAGUACCUGGUGAUGUCAGACUUCCCUUCAGAGGAGCACUGGUGGAUCGCCCUUGGUUCAGGACUGGUCAUGAUGAUAUUUGGAGGACAGCUCUUGGCCUACAAACUCUUUAGGAGCAACUUUGUUUAUCCUGCAGAUCUGCAGAACUUCUAAUGAAAACAAGGAGGAAAGCUUUUAACUGGCUUACUGGUUAAUCCCAGGUCUGAAACAUGCCAGUCAAUUUGCAUUACAUUUCACUGUGAAGCUGUUUCACUAGGAACACACACACAUAUUGUAUGUAUAAAUAACUAUGCAUGUAUAAAUGUAUAAACCUAUUGAAGUGGAUAUUUAAUUGCAUUAGUUGGUUAAUUUGAACAUGUAUAAAAGGUUAAAUCUGUCCAUUUAACAACACAUUUUUGUACUUAUUCAGAUAUUUUUAUU